AUGGCCAUCGACACGGACAACAACCCUGCCGCCGUCUUGAUCGAUGCUCCGGCCGUCUUCCAGGUGGCGGAGCAUCUGUUUUGCGCCUACUUCUUCAUCGAGAUCACGAUUCGGUUCCUGGCUUUUGAAUACAAGUGCGACUGCUUUCGUGACUUUUGGUUCGUCUUCGACUUCUGUCUGAGCCUCUACAUGGUUGCCGAGACGUGGAUCCUGUCCCUGGUACUGGUCGUCAGUGGCUUUGGAGAGACAGAAGCACUGUUCAGUGCGAACGUCCUGCGCAUCAUCCGCAUGGUCAAGAUCCUCCGCCUCACGCGCAUGGCCAAGCUCCUCCGCUCCAUCCCAGAGCUGGGCAUCGUGGCCAAGGCAAUCGGUGCUGCUGGCCGCUCGCUCUUAGUAAUUGCAGCCUUCUGCGUUAUGGUUCUGUAUGUCUUCGCCCUCUUGAUGAAGCAGAUCACAGAUAUGGUGCAGGAGACGCCAGCAGAUCCCUCUCUAAUUGGGGACUUCGCCACCGUGGCGACCUCCAUGAACACCUUGCUGCUGAAGAGCAUGUUCGCUGAGAGUGCGUCCUUCGUCUACUCCUUGGCAGCCUGGCACCCGAUCUUCUGGCCCUUUGUGAUUCUCUUCAUCCUGAUCACCUCCGUGACCAUGAUGUACAUGCUGAUCGGCGUCAUGGUGAACGUGGUGAACUCCGUGGCGGCCUCGGAGCGCGAGGGCUCCACGGUGAGCCUCAUUGCCCAAUCCCUCCGGCAGGUCAUGAUGAAGUUGGGCAUGGAUCCAGACGGCCCGCUCUCCAAGCAGACGGUCACGGACUUGCUGCUGGAUGCGGAGGUGGCCCAGUUCUUGUACGGGCUGGAUGUGGACAGCAUCGUGAUGGUGGAGAUGCUGGAUACCUUCUAUGAGGACAUCAUGGAGAAGGAAGGCCGCCAGAUGAACUUCGAGGAUCUAGUGGAUGCCUUGCUGAACCUGCGGGGCACGAACCCGGCCACAGUGCAGGAUGUGAAGGGGUCCAUCCGCAUCCUCAAAACCACCUUCACCAAGGAGCUGUCGGAGCUGCGCCGAAGCCUGCUCGGGGAGAUCAACACUCUGAAGCUGGACCUGCGCGAUGCAGGGGACCUCGAGUCCAGUGGUUCUGAGCACGAUGCCGGCUGA